AAAUCAUCUCAGUCUAGCAGCUGACCCGAAUGAUAACCCCUACAGCCAUAGAAUCAUUUAAUCGCGGUGUAAAUAAGCUUGGCAUUCGCUAGUAAGGUCCAGUUUCACGAGAAGUUUUGUCAUGCGGUGCUGCGUUGCCUUUGUUUGGCUGCUGUUGGCCCUGACCGCUGUCCUGACUCAUGCGUCACAUUACACGCGGGAUGAGAGUAACGAAGAUUCCAAGACCGAAUUCAACUUGGCCUCCACUUUCAAAGGCGGAAUUACCAGCAGUCGUCAUCAUGAGCGUGCUAAACUUAACUCGCAAUUAUAUCCAGAUCUAAGGCAGCAAUCAAGUGGGUCAGUUGAUAUUGAUGAGCCGUCUGCUCAUGAGAACGGCGGCAGUGGCAUCGAUCUACGCGCUGGACCGUAUGGAACUGCUGUAAGAAAUCCACAGCCACAGCCGAAUGGCUUUUCAAAUUAUCCCGCACCAGUUGGACAACCACAGACAGCUGAGAUUCCCAGAUAUGCAGCGAAUGGAAAUCCGCAAGUGCUGCCUCGUCCUGGAGUCAAUCCGUCAGGCGUAUAUCCAAGUUAUGGAAAUCAACAACCUGUAUACCCUGUACUGCCUGCUUACCCGUAUCCAGGACAAUACUUACCACAGUAUCCAUCCUAUCCACCUUAUCCAAACUAUGGACCAAACGUGCCUGUAAUAACGCAUCCAGGCGCGCCACCCAUAAGCUAUCAGAAUCAGCAAAAUUAUGCACCACAAGCGGCACCAGGACAACGUGAUCGUUGGGAUCGCAGCUUCAGAAUGAAAACUGAGUACACGGAAGAUGGAGUACACAAGGGACCAUUCAGCGUUCUGAACAAUCACGGCUCGCAGGGCUAUGGCAGUGGUUUUGGAGGCGGCUAUAAUGGCGCAUUCAACAGGCCAGGUUACUGAAAAGCUAAACGCUAGAAAGAUUAUAAGUUAUGGUCAUAAGUUAGGUGUAAGCUAACCUCACCGUGUCAGGUUUAAGAAGAGCAGCAGCUGCUCGACCGAAUCUGUUUUAAUAAACUUGAUUUUUUGCCCACA